AUGGGAUCAAGUUUUCAGAAAGUAGCUUCAGGAGUUCGAAUAAUCCUCGAAAACGAAUUUGGAGAUCGACAGGAGCUUCUCGACUCCAGUGAUGAUGCGGACUUGAGGGCAGACGCUGUCCCUUCAUCAAUAUGCGACCGUGAUAGCAAAAAGUUCCGUGAGUCCGUACUGGCAUCCUGGCUCAAAACAGCCAGUGACCGUCGAAAGAAGCUGCAAACGCUAAUGGACGAGUACAACGAACUCGUUACUGCAGUCAAACGAGGUCAGUAG